AUGUGUACGCACAAGAAAGGGCCGGGAAAAAAGAAAAACUUGAAGAAGUCGAAAUCACCGGCCAGGAGUGCACCCAAAUCAAAAACUCCCACAGCAAGCACGCUUGCAGAACAAAUGAAAGAAGAAAAAAAAGCAAAAGAAGCAUUGAAAAAUGUUCCAAAUGCCGAGAAUCUUUUUGCGACGCCGAUCGAUAGUCCUGUGAAAGAGGAAAAUCAGCAAGCAAAAACGCCACUUCGUAUUAAAGUUCCACCUCCGCGAGUUCUGAAAGCAAGACGUCGGAUAAAGGUGGUACGAGAUCCACGUGAUCCAGAAUACAAGACGCUGGAGCCGGAUUUCAGUGAAUGGGAAAGCGUGAAGAUAAUGAAACGAAGCGAGUUUAAAAACAACGAAAAUGAGAAAAAGAGGGAGACGAAUGCUAUAGCCUCGUUUGAUGAGCUGGGGCCUCAACGCGGUAAAAUUGGCGAAAAGAAAUGUUUUCGAAAACAGCGGGCGAGUGAGUUCAUGUCUCAUUUUAUAUUUCGGAAGCUGAGACACGGUUGGAUAAUAGAAACGCCAUCAAAAAGCAAUAAGUCAGCUGCUUCAAACACGCCUACAGCACAAACUCCGAAACAGGAGAAAGCUCCUGCAGAAAAACCCAAUGAAAAGCUUAAGGAGAAAGAAGAUAAGAAGGAAGCUAAUAUGGGAGAAAACAUUUUGGCGAAGCCAAUGGAUAACACUCCUGUCAAAGAGGGGGAGGCGAAACCAAAAACACCACUUCAUAUCAAGGUUCCUCCACCGCGAGUAAUGAAAGCCAAACGUCCAAUGCACGAGAAACGAGAUGCACAUGAUCCAGAAUACAAGACACUGGAGCUGGAUAUUAGUGAAUGGGAAAGCGUGAAGAUAAUGAAACGAAGUGAGAUCGACAACAAGGAAAAUGAGGGUAACGCUCCCGUGGAGAAGAAAAAUGUGGAGGCUGUCGAGGCCGCAGCAUGA